AUGGCAGAGACGCCGCCGCCCGCCUCCUUUCGCACCGUCGCGCCCGACCCAGGCAUGUCCACGACAACGGUCGUUGUCAUCAUUGUCGCGGCCAUUGUCGGCCUCCUCGUCGUCGUCGCCCUCGGCAUCUAUAUCCUGCGCCGGCGGCGGCGGCGCCAGCAAGAGGCCUUUGUGCACCCACCGACGUUGCCAACGACAAUGCCGCCGCCCGCCCCGCCGACGCAGGCGCCAAAGUCCGCCGCGCCGACGCAUCCCGUGGCCGUGACGUCCGAGGGCAACGCGCACUUUGCAGCUCCGGCGGCGAGGAUGCAGCACGGUGCUAGCCCGGGGUUGCCGUCCAACUUUUACGACCGCGGCAACAGCUACAACGACGCCGACGUGCGCGACGACCUGCACCACACGCGCAUCAUGAGCGACUCGAGCGGGUCCUUCUCGUCGCGACCAUACGACUCGCUCGGCGAGAACGACGUGGCGUGGAAGUACAUGACGGACAGCGAGAAGCUGCGCUACAUGCAGUCAAAAGAGAGCCCGGGCGCCAACAGCCUCCACGACAGCGAGUCGUUUGAGAGCUUUCAUGUGGGCCCAUCGCGACGGCUCUAA